AUGGCAGCGGCUAAGACAGCUGUGUUCUGGGACAAGGAAUAUUGUCCCGUCCCUAAAGGUCUCAAUGGUGAAAUGGUUUGGAGAAACAUCAAAUCGUCCCUAGAGAAGGCUGGUUAUCAUGGUCCGGCCUCAAUCACGGCUUACGUUGACGAUGAGACGAAUCGGAUCCAGAAUCAUGACUUGGCGUUUGCUGGAAUCAAGCUCGGGCACGUACCAGGAGGAGGCAGAGGAAAGGGUCGUGCGAGACAUGAGGCUAUGAGAUAUGACAUGUGGGGUUGGGCCGUUGAAAAUGAGAAAUCAAAUUUGAUGGUCAUUACAAAGUUUGUCCGAUAUAGCACCGUUGACGCAUUGCGGAAAAGAGGUUGGAACGUUCUCUUGGGAUGGCCUGAAAACGGACCAGGGGAGAUAAGUUGCUGUGCAACUUUGACAUGGUCCUGGAAAAGCCUAGCAGCUGGCGGAGAGGCGAUCGGUAGUAAGCCUGCUACUUGUCCUAGUUGCCUUAAGCUCCAAGGCACAGCCGCUGCUGAUCAGUAA